GGUCAAAGGGGCCGAGCUUCGUGUCAAGCAAGGAAUUUGAUUAUGACUUCCAUAGCAAGAGAUACCUUGUGGACAACUGCUGUUUAAAACAUAUUCACACAAUAUGUGUGCACGGCGAUUGAUGUUACUGUCAAAGCGAGUAUAGGUUGCUAUUCAAUCUCUGUCGAAAUGAUACGGACACUAAACAGCGCGUCAUUUGCUGCCUUAUUUGCAACGGUGCCAAAGUCCGCGACAUGCAGAACAGCUAGAAUACACAGUAUGUAUGAUGUGGCUGUGGUGGGUGGAGGCAUCGUGGGCCUGGCCUCAGCCAGAGAGCUCAUCCUCAGACACCCCACGCUUAGCUUCAUUCUGCUGGAGAAGGAGAAGGACCUGGCCAUCCACCAAAGCGGCCACAACAGUGGUGUGAUCCACAGUGGGAUUUACUAUACCCCCGGGUCUCUGAAGGCCCGUCUCUGUGGCAAAGGGGCCACUAUGGCCUACGAAUACCUGGACAAGAAAGGACUCCCCUAUAAGAGGUGUGGAAAGCUGAUCGUCGCUGUGGAGCGAGAGGAGAUUCCCAGGCUCAAAGCGCUAUACGAGCGAGGACAGAAGAACAACGUGCGUGACCUCACCAUGAUAGACGCCAAGGGGAUCCGAGAGAGAGAGCCCUACUGCAGGGGUCUGAUGGCCCUGGACUCUCCUUACACUGGCAUCGUGGACUGGAGGCUGGUGUCACUGGCAUAUGGCAAGGACUUCCAGGAGGCAGGAGGGACCGUGGUUACUGAAUAUGAGGCUAGUGACAUGGCCAUGGUGAAGGAAAGCCCCGCUGGUAUCACUGACGGAAUGAAAUAUCCCAUCGCUAUCAGAGAUUCAAAGGGUACGGAGGUAAGGUGUCGGUAUGUGCUGACCUGUGGUGGUCUGUACUCUGACCGCCUCGCUCAGAUCUCUGGCUGCAGUCCAGACCCUCGCAUUGUCCCCUUCAGAGGAGAUUACCUGGUCCUGAAGCCUGAGAAACACUACCUGGUCCGGGGCAACAUCUACCCCGUUCCUGACCCUAGGUUCCCCUUCCUGGGGGUCCACUUCACCCCACGGAUGGACGGCAGUGUUUGGCUGGGUCCCAACGCCGUCCUGGCCUUUAAACGAGAGGGAUACAAGCUGUACGACUUCGAUGCCCGGGACUUUGGAGAUGCACUUUCAUUCAGAGGUCUGCAGAAACUGGUGAUGAAUAACCUAGUGUAUGGUGUUGGAGAGAUGUACAGAGGGGUGUUCAUCGGAGCUCAGGUCAAGAUCUUAAAGAAGUUUAUCCCAGAGCUCUCUCUAAGCGACGUACUCAGGGGUCCAGCAGGGGUGAGGGCCCAGGCUCUGGACCGCGAUGGGAACCUGGUAGAUGACUUUGUGUUUGACGUUGGUGUCGGGGAUGUGGGCAGCAGGGUCCUCCAUGUACGCAACGCUCCCUCGCCCGCCGCCACCUCUUCCCUGGCCAUAGCAGAGAUGGUAGCAGACGAGGUGGAGAGACGUUUCAGCCUCUAAAAACACUAGAGGCACUCUUCGGAUGCUUACCAAAUGGCAUCCUAUUCCCUACUUUUUGAGUUCUGCGCACAACUAUUGACCAGAGCCCACAGGGAAUAGGGUGGCAUUUGGGACGUACUUACACUUCCCCAGUGGAAGGAAGUAACAACAUUGAUCCAGCUGCAGGUCCAUCUAGUGAAGUGGUGAUGAUGCUGAUCUCAGGUCAGUUCUGCAUUUUCCCCAAUGGUUAGUUUGGAGUGGGGGUGAGUGUAAGCUGAUCCUGGAUCUGCGCCAAGGGGAAAAUUCACCAGGAUAUGAUCCAUCCAAUCUGUUAACUACUGCUCACUGGUCCAGCAUCUAUCUACGUCAGCAGAGUGAGGUUACAAAAAAUCCGGGAACUUUCCAAAAUUCCCAGAAUUCCAGGUUGGCGGUUUCCAGGAUUAUCUGCUAUAUUCCUCCUUAAUUGCAGGAAUAUUCCAACAGGGAUUUCUGGAAAACUCGGAAGGUUUGUAAAAGUUACUGGAAUUUGCAACCCGACAGCAGGUCAGGUCAGAAUGGAGUAGACUGAGCAGCAUGUACUGAAUGGAGCAUGUAAAGUGCAUUUGGAAAAUAUUCAGACUCCUUGAUUCCCCACCCCCGUUACGUUACAGCCUUAUUUUACUCAAUCGACACACAAUACCUUAUAAUGACUAAACGAAAACACGUUUUUAUAAAUGUUAGCUGAUUUAUGUAAAAUAAAAAAGGCACACAUCCUGGUAAGUGUACCAAAACAUUUCUGCAGCAAUAAACUCCACCAAUCAGGUAGUGGCCAGACGGAAGCCACUCCUCAGUAAAAGGCACAUGACAGCCAGCUUGGAGUUUGCCAAAAGGCACUUAAAGACUCUCAGACCAUGAGAAACAAGAUUAUCUGUUCUGAUGAAACCAAGAUUAAACUCUGUGACCUGAAUGCCAAGCGUCACGUCUGGAGGAAACUUGGUAACAUCCCUACGGUGAAGCAUGGUGGUGGUGGCAGCAUCAGGCUGUGGGGAUGUUUUUCAAUGGCAGGGAGUGGGAGACUAGUCAGGCUCGAGGGUAAAGAUGAACGGAUCCUUGAUGAAAACCUGCUCCAGAGCGCUCAGGGCCUCAGACUGCAUUGUCAUUCUGGGGUAUUGUGUGUAGAUUGAUGGGGGAGAAUUUAAUUUUAAUCAAUUUUAGAACAAGGCUUUAACGUAACAAAAUGUGGAAAAGUUGGGGGGGGGGCUGAAUACUUUCUGAAUGCAUUGUAGAUGAGAAGAUUAGAGGGUAAUUGUGAUCUAUAGGAUCCCUUAAGCAAAGGGCCUAGACUAGGGUUGAAUAUAUUCCCAGUAUUUUAAAUGUUCCAUCCCGAGAAUAAAUCACUUUUCUCCGUGGUAACCCAGUAUUUCCCAUCAAAACCGGAAGUGUCAUUCAAAAGCAUUAUAAAGCAUACAAAUGGGGCCAUGUCUGGAUUUGAAUAGAGCUUUGAUAGAAAAUUCAAACCUGGAGCCUCCUGAGUGGGUGUCGCCACAGACCCGGGUUCGAUCCCAGGCUGUCACAACCGGCCGCGACCAUGAGUCCCAUAGGGCGGCACACAAUUGGCCCAGCGUCGUCCGGGUUAGGGGAGGGUUUACUUGGCUCAUCGCGAUCUUGCGACUCCUUGUGGUGGGCCAGAUGCCUGCAGGCUGACCUCAGUUGUCAGUUCAAUGGUGUUUCCUCCGACACAUUUGGUGCAGCUGACUUCCGGGUUAAGCAGGCGGGUGUUAAGAAGCGCAGCUUGGUGGGUCAUGUUUCGGAGGACGUAUGACUCGACCUUCGCCUCUCCCAAGCUCGUUGGAGAGUUGCAGCGAUGAGACAAGAUCGCAAUUGGGGAGAAAAAUGGGGUAAAAUACAAAAUGAAUAACUAAAAUAUUAAGAAAAUUCAAGCCUGGUGCUACCUGAGCCUGAUGUGUCCUACAUUAAAUACAUUUUAAUGAGCCCAAUCCCAAAAAAGCCCAAAUAAUUGUGCUGUUUUCCAAUAGAUUUAUCAUAUAGGCUACUGCACAUUACACAUGACAGAGAAACAUAAAUUCCCAUAGAUGGAGCUAUAGAUGAAGCUAGCUAUAUGCUCUCUUGGGUAAAUAAAACUAGCUCCAGUAGGCUAAUCUGUUUGUUGUGUGAACUGUAUUACUGUAUUAUAUUAUAUGGACUAGAAUUACGUACAUCAUUUCUAACAGGGAGAGAACAUGCGAUUCUGGUGCAGCACAUACGGCCUACAAAGUUACAAGUAUAGGCUAGCGAUUUCGAUUUAUAAUUUUGAAAUAUAAUAGUGCCUAUUUGCAUAAUUAGUAGGCUGACGCAUAUGUAGCUUUCAUAUUUCCCCCUUAUGUCAUUAGCCUACGUCCUCUCUCUAUUGUUGCUUCAUUCAGUACCUGGUUUUCAACAGUUAAAUGAAAUGUUUCGUGUCCUAAAUCAUUCUAAUGACAUCCUUGAAUAAUAUAGGACUAGAAUUCGAUGCAGAAGGCUUUCACUUCUCUUCACGAAGAUUGAAGGGUUCUGGGUCUGAAUAAAUAACUGCUAUAGUCUACCGCCAUCACGAUGUGGAUGAUAGGUCUACGUGCAUUGUGAACUGCGUUCCAGACUGAGCAGGGCUGCAUGAUGGAUGAAUCAACGAGAGGCCGUAGAGAAGACACAUUUAGACAUCGCAUAUCAUUUAACAGUUCCAUUUCACCGCAUGCUGUUCAUAUAAAUAAUGCAUUAUAAUUUAUCGGGUUCUCACAGUUAUUUAUCCGGGGGGAAAUGAGUGGUUUUGGCCAGUAAAAUCUCAGUAACCGUGUUCCCACCGUUCAACCCAUGUCCAUGCUACCGAGGACCAGUUUUCCAGACACAGAUUAAACCUAAUCUUGGACUAAAAAGCAAAUGAAAUGGAGAAUCUCCGUAGAAAUAGCUUUUAUACCAAACCCUUAACGUUUGAAAUGUAGUUGGAUGCACCAAAAAUGAGUUGGUUGCACAGAUGAUGCCAAGAAUUCACCAAGAAUGUUCUAAAUUAAAGACCUGUUCCACUGUGGUCCUGUAUUCUCAUGUGAUCCCUCUCAUUGCUUUGGUUUUGGAUAAUGACAAUGUACAGUAGCGGUAAAAAUAUGUUGGUGUUCUCCACCAUUUCUGCUUUCUGAUUAUUUUUUUUAAACGCACUGAUUUUAGGAUGUUUAAAAGCAUUUAUUUUAUAAUAAACUGAAAAUAUUUAUCAAAGUUUUGCGGUAAGAAUACUGCCAUUUUUAUUUUGCCGCAGUCACAUUCUUUGACAGUGUUUUGUUUUUGAAAGACGGUGUGAUUUUUGUUAGUCUGUUUACUGAGAUGAUAUGAAACGGUUUAAUGAAUUUAUCUACGAAUUAUAAUUCUCUCAUUUUGUGAUGUGUGAGGUGUACAACUCCAGAGACAAAAGUUUAUUACAGAAAUUCGAUGUAUUUUAAAUAAAUGACUUUUCCCAUUA